GCCCGCCUAGUCUUCGACUGGCCUGCCGGCCUGCCGUGCCCCGCCGAACAGCUCAGCUCAUCUCCCUGGCUCCCUCCGCCCCGCUCGUUAAUCACCACACUAACCACGCAAUUAAUCCCCUCCCAAAAACUCCCCCCCAUUCCCCGGCCACAAACCGCGAGCGCAAGCGCAGACGCAGACCCCCAUUCUCUUCUCCGCGAUUCGCCUCCCCAGAUCUCGGAGCCGCUUGCGGCGUAUGAGCAGCUAGCUAGCUAGGGGGAUCCGAGGCGUACUGGGCGGAGUGCGAGGUCGGCCGGCGGCGGGGGGACCGGGGGACGGGACGGCGGGGAGCCAGGAUGGGGCUGAUCUCCGGGAUGGUGAUGGGGAUGAUUGUCGGCGUCGCCAUCAUGGCCGGCUGGAGCCGCGUCAUGCUCCGGCGCAGCAGGAAGCGCAUCGCCAAGGCUGCGGAUAUCAAGGUGCUCGGGUCUCUCGGCAGGGACGACCUCAAGAAGCUGUGCGGCGACAACUUCCCCGAGUGGAUAUCCUUCCCGCAGUUCGAGCAGGUGAAAUGGCUGAACAAGCAUCUAAGCAAACUUUGGCCUUUUAUUGCAGAAGCUGCAACAGCAGUGGUUAAGGAGUCCGUUGAGCCAUUGCUAGAUGAUUACCGGCCUCCAGGAAUAAAAUCUCUGAAGUUCAGCAAAUUUUCUCUUGGAACCGUGUCACCAAAAAUAGAAGGUAUUCGUAUUCAAAAUCUUCAGCCAGGACAAAUCAUAAUGGAUAUAGAUUUCCGGUGGGGUGGUAAUCCAAGCAUAAUCCUAGCUGUUGAUGCUGCAGUUGCAUCACUACCUAUUCAGCUCAAGGAUCUUCAGGUCUACACUGUCAUACGUGUUGUAUUUCAACUGUCAGAAGACAUUCCUUGCAUAUCUGCUGUUGUUGUGGCUCUCCUUGCUGAUCCAGAGCCAAAAAUUCAGUACACCCUGAAGGCCAUUGGAGGAAGCCUAACCGCAGUUCCUGGACUUUCUGACAUGAUUGAUGAUACAGUCAACUCAAUUGUUUCUGAUAUGCUUCAGUGGCCACACAGGCUAGUUGUUCCACUUGGUGUUAAUGUUGAUACAAGCGAUCUGGAGCUUAAACCUCAGGGAAGACUUUCUGUUACUGUGGUAAAAGCAACUUCUUUGAAAAACAAGGAGUUGAUUGGUAAAUCAGAUCCUUACGUGAGACUGUAUGUGCGACCGAUGUUUAAGGUCAAAACACAAACCAGAGAUGAUGACCUGAAUCCAGUAUGGAAUGAAACAUUUGAGCUUAUUGUCGAAGACAAAGAAACCCAAUCUGUCAUUUUUGAGGUUUAUGAUGAAGACAAACUUCAACAAGACAAGAGACUGGGUGUGGCUAAACUAGCAGUGAAUGAUCUUGAACCUGAGGUCGCCCGUGAAAUCUCUCUGAAGCUGCUGCAUUCAGUAGAUCCACUUAAAAAUAGGGAUACCAAGGACAGAGGCACAUUGUAUGUUAAGGUCAUGUAUCAUUCGUUUACAAAGGAAGAGCAGCUGGAAGCCCUAGAGGCAGAAAAACAAGCCAUAGAGGAGAGGAAGCGACUUAAGGAGGCUGGGAUAAUUGGUAGCACAAUGGAUGCAGUUGGUGGCGCUGCAUCACUAGUUGGUUCCGGUGUUGGACUUGUGGGCACUGGCAUUGUUGGUGGUGUUAGCCUCGUUGGUUCAGGACUUGGUGCUGGCGCUGGGCUUGUUGGCUCUGGUAUUGGUGCAGUCGGCAGUGGCCUUGGCAAAGCCGGGAAAUUCAUGGGCAGGACUGUGGCGGGGCCUUUCAGCAUGUCCCGCAAGAACGCCAGCAGCUCUACUGCUCCCCAGCCCGAACAACCUUCCGCAUAGUCUGAAUGUCUGAUGUACAGUGAAAGGCAAUUCUCAUUUGUGACAGGGUUACCGUUCUACUUUCUGUAAGGCUGCUGCUAUCUAGGAUUAUACAGAGUUUUACGUUUGCAUUUAAGCGUACCGCCCUCCACCCUCCACGGCAUUGGUUAUAUGAAAUAUCUGCUGGUUUAUUUUGUUCAUCGCGCUGGAACUUUUAUAGUGAAGGAAACUGUAAAUUAGAUUGAGCUUCGACAUUUAUGUAACAGUGCAGUCGUAUUGAAGUUAAAGGUGACGUGCCACUCUGAUAUUAGUCUAUUUAUGUUAAUUGUUACUAUGCUCUUAGUUUUC